UGCUUGAAAUAACGGUUAGCAGGACAAGAUUGCGGAGACAUCGCCGAGAGGAUCGUUGAAAAACGUUCAACGCUUCCCCACAGGCGUUCGGCGUCCCCACGCGUCAAAACCGACCUUGGAGGAGCUCAUUUCGGCACAUCAAUGGCUGAAAUGGCCGGAGGUGCUCCCGCCACGGAGGUGGCGGCCUCUGAUCCCGAUGGCUUCGACGGCGUCCGCAUGACCUGGAACGCCUGGCCUCGAUCCAAGAUCGAGGCGAGCAAGUGCGUGAUACCUGUCGCCGCAUCGAUCUCUCCGAUCCGCUCCUUUCCUGAUCUUGUUGUCCUUCCGUAUUCUCCUCUCCGCUGCAAGCCUCCUUGCUCUGCCGUCCUCAACCCCUUUUGCCGCGUUGAUUUUCCCUCCAGGAUUUGGAUCUGUCCGUUCUGCUUUUCUCGAAACCAUUUCCCCCACCACUACGCAGCUAUCUCCGAGAGCAACGUACCCGGCGAGCUUUACCCACAGUGUUCCACCGUCGAAUACGCCAUCCCUGCUCUUGUUUCAGGCGGCGAUCCCUCGGCAGCGCCUUCUCUGCCGCCCCCCAUCUUUCUCUUCGUCAUCGAUACAUGCGUGAUCGAGGAGGAGUUCGGUUUUGUCAAGUCUGCCAUGCGCCGUGCUAUUGGACUUAUCCCGGAGAAUGCCCUCGUUGGGCUCAUCACCUAUGGUACCCAGGUCCAGCUCCAUGAGCUCGGAUUCUCGGAGCUCUCUAAGUUGUAUGUCUUUCGGGGGACUAAGGAAAUCUCCAAGGAGCUGAUUCUUGAUCAGGUUGGGCUUUCGGCACCGGGGAGCGCACCGACUCCUGGUUUCCCAAAGGGUGGAAUGUUGCAGGCGAAUGGAUUGCAUCCUGCAGUGUCAAUCAAUAGGUUUUUGCUACCAGCAUCAGAUUGCGAGUAUACCCUUAAUGCUUUGUUAGAUGAGCUGCAGAUAGAUCAGUGGCCUGUGGAGGCUGGGAACAGAGCUCGGAGGUGCACUGGUGUUGCUCUGAGUGUUGCAGCUGGAUUGCUGGGCACGUGCUUGCCUGGUACUGGGGCAAGAAUUGUAGCUUUGGUCGGAGGGCCGUGCACGGAGGGCCCUGGAAUGAUUGUUUCCAAAGAUCUAUCUCAGCCAGUCCGAUCACACAAAGAUCUGGAUAAAGAUGCUGCUCCACAUUUUCAUAAGGCUGUUAAAUUUUAUGACAAUCUGGCCAAGCAGCUCGUUAAUCAGGGUCAUGUUUUAGAUCUAUUUGCUUCUGCCCUUGAUCAGGUUGGCGUUGCGGAGAUGAAAGUUGCUGUUGAAAGGACUGGUGGGCUUGUUGUCCUAGCUGAAAGCUUCGGGCACCCAGUUUUUAAAGACUCUUUUAAAAGGAUCUUUGAAAGUGGUGAACAGUCUCUUGGCCUCUCUUUCAACGGGACACAUGAGAUCAACUGUUCAAAAGAAAUUAAAAUUCAGGGCAUAAUUGGACCUUGCACAUCUUUGGAGAAGAAAGGUGCCUUUUGUUCAGAUACGGUGAUUGGUCAAGGAAAUACAACUGUAUGGAAAAUAUGUGGUCUUGAUAGGAGUACUUGUUUGACUGUCUUUUUUGACAUAUCACCAAGUGAGCGAUCAAGCCAAUCAGGAAUCCCAAAUCCUCAAUUGUAUAUACAGUUCUUAACAAACUAUCAGAAUUCUGAAGGUCAAAUUAGGCUACGGGUUACAACCAUCACUAGAAGAUGGGUAGAAGGAUCUACAAAUACAGCGGAACUGGUUGAUGGGUUCGACCAAGAAACUGCUGCUGUUGUAUUGGCUAGAUACGUGUCAUUUAAGAUGGAGAUGGAGGAAGAAUUCGAUGCAACCCGAUGGUUGGAUAGAACACUCAUCCGCCUUUGCUCACGUUUUGGUGACUAUCGGAAAGAUGAACCUAGUUCAUUUAUUAUAAAUCCUAAUUUUUCAAUAUUUCCUCAGUUCAUGUUUAAUUUGAGACGGUCACAGUUUGUACAGGUUUUUAAUAAUAGCCCUGAUGAGACCGCAUAUUUCCGCAUUUUGUUGAAUCGAGAAAGCAUCACAAACUCUGUUGUUAUGAUUCAGCCUUCACUGAUAUCAUACUCUUUUGCUGCACCGCCUUCACCUGCUUUGUUGGAUGUAGCAUCUAUAGCAGCUGACCGCAUACUCUUACUGGAUGCAUAUUUCAGUGUAGUUAUUUUUCAUGGUACGACAAUUGCUCAGUGGCGCAACAUGGGCUACCAAAACCAGCCAGAACAUCAGGCUUUCUCUCUUCUUUUGCAAGCUCCGCAUGAUGAUGCCCAAAUGAUAAUCAGAGAUAGAUUCCCAGCCCCAAGAUUAGUUGUUUGUGAUCAGCAUGGCUCCCAGGCAAGAUUUCUCUUAGCCAAGCUGAACCCAUCGGCCACAUAUAACUCAGCCCAUGAGGUGGCUCCGGGCUCGGAUAUUAUCUUUACUGAUGAUGCGAGCCUUCAAGUUUUCUGCGAGCAUCUCCAGAGGCUGGCUGUUCAGUCAUGAGCCUUAUUUAUGCACCAUUGCCCCGCCCGCCGCCUGUGGGUUUGAUGAAACUUUUUGCAGGCCUCAAAUUUUGGAGAAAUUAUUAGGUUCGGACACCGGACAUAGAGCAUCAUUCGGAUUUCUCUCUGUCUACAGUAAAAGCGCAGUUAUUAUAACAACUGUGCUUUUAUUGUAUUUUUACUGUAGACAGGGAGAAAUCCAGAUGAUCAUCUUUGUCCGGUGUCCGGACCUAAUAAUUUGCCCAAUUUUUAUAGUGUUGUUUUGAUUCAUUCCGUUUUAUCCCUAUUGUCUUGAGACCCAGCCAGUUUUACAUAUAAUGAAUAAGCAAAAUUUGCAUUAAUUCUUUUUGUGUAAUCGGGUAAUGCAAAAUGAGAGUUCAGGGGAGGUGGAAUUUGUAUGUAUGUUACAAGGCUUAUAUUACUGUUAGACAUUACGUAGGGUGACAAAGGAACAUGUAUUUCUGCUGGUCCAUUUUUUUAGUUCAGGGGUUGGUAAUUGGUAUAAAGAUUUUGUAUGGGCUUUAUUUUUUGUAAUGGUUUGAACCUUGUACCUGCAUUUUUUUUCCCAAUGAAAUAAAGACUUUAAGCCUUCCCAUUU